AUGACAAACGCGCCCUGUUGCGAAAACAAUGCCGGGAGGCCCUUGCAGCCCACAUCGCAAUUGGGCCUUGUCGUCGCCCCCGGUGAGAUUCGCCUGAAGCCACAGCCCAAAGACGGAUACGCCUGGUCCGUGACGCCGGAGAAAGCUUACUUGUUCGAUACAAGUCUGGGCAUCGGCAAUGUGGGCUUUUAUCAGACAAUCUGUAAGAAAAUAGGGCGCUCGCUCGAAGCCGUCUUGCCGCCGCAGGAAGUUCAGACGGAUCUGGGUGAUCUCUCACCGGGCCAGCAGACACCCAAGGGCUCUAGAGACAGCGGUUCUUUUACGGCAAAAAUCCAUGAUCUGGAAAGUGCUAAGCGCGACCUUCGUCUCGACCUGGACCGCACUCGCGCCGAUCUAGAGGAGUGUUCUGGCAAGAACAGCAGCUUACAAGACAGAAUCGACGAGCUUCAAAAUGAAAUCACUACUGCCGUGUCCCGGGCAGUGCAGUUGGAGAGUGAUUUAGCCCGAACGAGGAAGUGCAUUGCCAUAACUAUAGAGCUAUUACAGGCACAUGAUCGACAGGAUGCGGGCGUCACAUCUGAAGAAAUUACCGAGCCAGGAGAUCUUAUGUCGGGAGCAACAGAGGCCGCAGAGUCAUCAUAA